AUUGAUCUUGUUACGACUUCUUCGAUUUUCUUAUAAAAUAUUAUUUGUUACAAUUUUCUUACUCUGUCUAAUAUCUGUGAAUGAACCAUUCGUGUUUCGAUGUGUAUGAAUGUCUCGCUGUUCGUAGUUCUGAUGAAUCUGACCGGUAUGAAUCUGUCUAUUUCAGAUAGAAGAAAAAUGGCAGGAAAUUUUAAUACCUUUGAUGAAGAUUCCAUUUCAAAGUGGAGCAAUUCACAAAUGAAUAGAUUCCUCGAAGAAAUGCCAGGAUUUGGUGAGGAGGAGAGAGUGGUGGAAAGUAGCCCAAUUCAUUUCGGGGCAACUUUUCACCCCAAAGUUUCUACUGGGAAAGGGUUCUAUGAACACCGGAUGUUUGAUGGUGAAUCUUCUUCUUCUUCUUCUUCUUCAGCCCUGAAAAAGUGUGAUGAACACUUCAAAAGUAUAAGUCCCAUGAGCUGGGGGGAAAUUUCCUCCCAGAUUGAUAAUUUGAAUAAGAUAAAGUUAGAGAUGGUGGAAAGUAAUACGAGAAUAGUAAACCUGAUUGAGGGAACCAUCACACAGUUGAGGAAGGAAAAGCCAGGAAGAGUACUGCUUUCUAAUAUUCUAUAA